AUGACAGAAUCUUAUACCUUCUCCUAUGAUGAAAAGACAAAACUAUCACAACCCAUCUUUGAGUGGGAGCUCGGUAGUUCAUAUACACCUAGAGUUUCAUUCCAUUUUAAUCCAAAAGUGUCAAACUACCACUACGGUGUAAAGCACCCAAUGAAACCAUUUCGACUCAUGUUGACUGAUCAUUUAAUUUCUGGUUAUGGUCUUCAUAAAAUAAUGGAUCUAUAUGAGACAAGAGAAGCAACAAGAGAUGAAUUACUACAGUUUCAUUCAGAAGAUUAUAUCAAUUUUUUGUCGAAAGUGACUCCAAAUAACAUUAACAAGAUGCCAAGGGGAACUUUGGAAAAAUUUAAUAUCGGUGAUGAUUGUCCUAUUUUCCAAAACUUAUUCGAAUAUAGUUCUCUAUAUACUGGUGCCUCCCUGGAUGCUACUAGAAAACUUAUCAAUAAUCAAUCGGAUAUCGCUAUCAAUUGGUCUGGUGGCUUGCAUCAUGCAAAGAAGAAUAAUCCAUCUGGGUUCUGUUACACAAAUGACAUCGUUUUGUCUAUCUUGAAUCUUUUAAGAUACCAUCCAAGAGUCCUUUAUAUCGAUAUCGACCUGCAUCAUGGAGAUGGUGUGCAAGAAGCAUUUUAUACUACAGAUAGAGUCUUUACAAUCUCUUUCCACAAAUAUAAUGGUGAGUUUUUCCCUGGGACAGGUGAUAUCGAUGAGAUCGGGUACAGUAAUGGUAAGCAUUUUGCGUUAAACGUCCCAUUGGAAGACGGAAUAGAUGAUGAUUCCUAUAUCAACCUGUUCAAGUCCAUCAUUGACCCGUUAAUCACAUCUUAUAAGCCUACCGUAAUCAUCCAACAAUGUGGGGCAGAUUCCCUGGGUCAUGAUCGUCUUGGUUGUUUCAAUUUAAAUAUUAAAGCCCAUGGUGAAUGUGUCAAAUUUGUUAAGUCGUUCGGCAUCCCCAUGUUGGUUGUAGGUGGAGGUGGUUACACACCGAGAAAUGUGUCUCGUCUUUGGACUUAUGAGACGGGGAUUUUAAAUGAUGUGUUGUUACCAAAGGAAUUGCCAGAUUCCAUUCCGUUUAGAGAUUUUUUUGGCCCAGACUAUUCCUUAUAUCCAGUAUUGGAUGAUCUAUACGAAAAUAAAAACAGUAAGAAAUAUUUAGAAGAUGUCAGAAUACGAUGUUUGGAGAAUAUUCGAUAUUUACAAGGUGCACCUAGUGUUAGAUGUGAUGCAGAUUUAAUCCCGACAGAGAAUAUCAACGCUCUAACAGAAGAAGAAGAAGAGAUUAUUAGGGAAUUGAAUGAAGAACAAGAUGAUACAGAGGAUAGUUCUGGUCCUUCUUGGAGGUUGCAACAAAUUGAAAAGGAAAAUAAUAGGAUCGCUGAAUUCUUAUAA